UAUAUGUAAUUAACAUAUAAUGUGUAUUUAAAAUUAAUUUAUCAAUUUAACUCCAAUAAAAUUAUGAAAUUUUUUUCAGGACCUGAAGAUGAAUUAUGAAAGGGUGUGACAAGUAUCAGUAAUGCAGGAAGACGCAGAGAUAGAGCAAGAAGAGUCGUGAAAAGAGAAAGCUCCUAAAUAAGGAGCAAAUUAUUGGCAUGGGAAAAAUUCCGAUACAAUUUCCUGGUCUAAACACUCCUGUGUUUAGAGGAAAAGAAUUAAUUCAACAGCAAAAACUGCUUGUAAAUCUUGAAAGAAAGCAAAAACUUAUGGAAUUACCACAAAGUCAGACCAGACCAAUGCAAAUAAAAUUAUCGCCAUUGGAAUGUGGUUGGAGGAGUGUUACAAUGGAUGGCAGAAGCAUUGAAUCAGAUCUUAUUGGAAAAGCUACAUUUGAAAGUUUUGAAACCUGGAUUGGAAAACAAAAUGAUAAGUUGUAUGACCGGUAAUUUAGCACGUAAGACUAGAAUCAGUUCAUUUAUAGUAACUGGAAAUGGAAAUGGAUUAGCUGGAUUUGCGUUAUCAAAAGCCAAAGUAUCCCUAAAGACGAUUAAAAAUAGGGCUGGUCAAAGACUAAUGUAUAUUCCUACAUAUAAGGAAUACACUAUGUUACAUGAUUUCUUUACACAGUUUGAGAAUAUAAAAAUAUUUGUAAAGAAAAUUCAUGAAGGAUAAUGGGCUUGUUUGUCAUCAUGCG